AUGGUUCUCGAUAAGUUGCAAGACCUCGCACCUCGGCUUGAGAAUGGAGGAGGUGGUGGAAGCAUGGUGGAAUGUUGGAAUGCACUUCUAGAGCUGCAAUCAUGCAACAAUGAGAUCAUCCUCUUCUUCCUCAAUGGUGAGGCUUACCUGGGCUUCAACUGCUGCCGUGUCAUCACCCACCAGUGCUGGCCCUCUAUGCAUACUUAUCUGGGUUUCACCGCCGAGGAGGACAACAUUCUCUAUGGCUACUGAGAUGCUUCGUCUCCCUCG